AUAUGGAACCCAUUCACAUGGACUUUUUAAGAAGCUUGGAAUUCCAGGGCCCACACCUCUGCCUUUUUUCGGAAAUGUUUUGUCUUUCCGUAAGGGCUUUUGGACGUUUGACAUGGAAUGUUAUAAAAAGUAUAGAAAAGUCUGGGGUUUUUAUGACUGUCUACAGCCUGUGCUGGCUAUCACAGAUCCCAACAUGAUCAAAACAGUGCUAGUAAAAGAAUGUUAUUCUGUCUUCACAAACCGGAGGAUUUGUGCAAUGACCAGUAUGAUCAAGAUGCAGACCCAUUCCAUCUCCAUAUGGCUCCCUGCUGCUAUCCUACAGUCACAAGUCGUCUUCUCUGAGAGG